UUGGUUCCUUCCCUGCCAGCAGGAGCCUCCGCCUCCCCGACAGUCCGGUCCGGUCCGUACUAGUACCACAGACCCUACGAAAGGAGUCCUCAAGGAGUCCUCCAGGUGGAACCAUGAAGAUUGAGUUCGCGCCGCUCAACAUCCCGCUGGCAAGGCGCCUGCAGACCGCUGCGGUGCUGCAGGGGAUCUUUACCUUCCUCCUGAUGGGGCUGAUGGGCACUGGGAUCAUGGUGAUGCUGAUCAUGUACAACUAUUGGUUCCUAUACAUCCCGUAUCUGGCCUGGCUUUGCUAUGACUGGCAAACCCCAGAGCAAGGAGGCAGGAGAUGGAACUGGGUCCAAAGCUGGACUAUGUGGAAGUAUUUUAAGGACUAUUUUCCAAUACAUCUCAUCAAAACCCAGGAUCUGGAUCCAGGUCACAAUUAUAUAUUUGGGUUUCACCCUCAUGGAAUAUUUGUGGCUGGAGCUUUUGGAAAUUUUUGUACAAAUUACUCAGACUUCAAGAAGCUAUUUCCCAAGUUUACGUCGUAUCUCCACGUGGCCAAGAUCUGGUUCUGUUUCCCAUUGUUUCGAGAAUAUCUCAUGAGUAACGGGCCGGUUUCAGUUUCUAAGAAGAGUGUGUCUCAUGUGUUGAGCAAGAAUGGAGGUGGGAACAUUUCAGUCAUUGUCCUCGGGGGUGCACAGGAGACACUGGAGUCCCAGCCAGGAAAAUUUACCCUAUGCCUCCUCCAGCGCAAAGGAUUUAUUAAGAUUGCCUUGACCCAUGGUGCCAAUUUGGUUCCAGUGUUUUCUUUUGGUGAAAAUGAACUAUAUAAACAAAUUAACAACCCUAAAGGCUCCUGGCUUCGAACUGUACAAGACAUAAUGCAGAGUUUAACAGGAAUACCUUUGCCACUGAUCUAUGCCAGAGGACUUUUCCAGUACAACUUUGGCAUAAUUCCCUAUCGGAAACUGAUCUGCACUGUUGUUGGCCGUCCCAUCCCUGUUCAGCAGACUCUGCACCCGACCCCAGAGCAGAUUGAGGAGCUGCAUCAGACAUACAUGGAGGAGCUAAGGAAACUAUUUAAUGAACACAAAGGGAAAUACGGUAUUCCGGAGCAUGAAACUCUGGUUUUUAAAUAACUGUCUUCCUCCAUGGCAUAAUAAAGGAAGACAAGAAAGCCUUGUUGAGAAAAUAAAUAUUUUAAAUAUUUGUUCUGUGGUU